UCUCGCGCGUGCACGGCUCUCGUGCUCCGGUCACGGCGCCUCUCUGCGCCUCCAGAAAACACUGCGCGUCCUCUGAUAUCCGAGAUGUGCAGGAAAAUGGCAGCCUACUGCACGUUUACGGUUCAUUAUUUUAACACGGCGGUGACUUUUCUUCGUCAAAUCGUGUAGGAGAGAAGAGGAGAGCACGGUGGACGCCGCGGAAUCCGGUUCUCGUAUUCGCUCCUCGACCCCCGGCUUAACCUUGCUUGUCAUGUUGAGGUCUUCGUUCUUCUGCUUGGCUGGAUAUCGAUCGAAACGUCGCAUCUCCUCGAAGGAUGCCGUCAGUGCGAGAGAGCAGGCUUCACCCGCGCUGUGAAGGGAGGAUAAAUCCCAGCAAAGCUUCUCUGGAAACGCGUUCAUUCAUUCCUCGCGUGAUUCGCUGAAGCUUUGUUUAUAUCGUUUGGAGAUCAGUAGUCUUUAGCCUGCGGUGAUGGAGAGCACGAGGUCACAGGUGGUGAUGGACAGGAGUGCGCUGGCACGGCAGGUGGAGAGCGUGGAGAGGAGUAUCGUUUUCCUGCGGCAGGAGCAGCUGACCCUUCUGCACGGCUUACACCUGGAGAUCCUGUCCCUGCAGAAACGCUGCACAGAACUGACCCACGAGCUGAACAUGAAACCUCCUGGCAAAAGUGAAGCAGAGGUGCGAGAGGAAGAGGAGCAGCUGGAGGCGCGCUGCCGGGAUGUGGAGGGCAGGCUGCAGGAGCAGCAGCAAUCGCAGUGCGAGCUCCGGACAGAGCUGACCCACAAGGGGGCACUGGUGGGUGCGCUGCGAGCCAGCCUAAAGGAGAAAGAGCGCCGCUUUCUGGAGGAGCUGAAGCGCCGCAGCCACAGGAGCACAGCGCUGAAUGCUGAGCUGCAGAAACAGACUGAGGCCGCCGCCUACCUGUCCUUUCAGCUGCAUGCAGCCAGGCAGAAACUGCAGCAGCAGAGAAGGAAGCAAGCCGCUUUGGAGAAGCUUCCAGCUUCAAUUGCAGAAAAACCUUCAACACACAGCCAGCCACAGCAAAUCCCAAGUGUCAAACCCAAGCGCCGCAGCGGUUCUAGACCGUCCUCUCACCUUCGGGCUGAACGGGCCAGAGAGUGCGUGCCUCGAGAGAGAGUGACAGGCCCAGAGGAGCCCACGGCCAUGCCGGACCCCGCGCUCUUCCUCCGUCCACGAAGGUCAGCCUCUCGGCCAAGACAUCUACACACGCAGGGGGCAGUCGGCGGAGAGCAGUCGGAUGAACCAGAUCAGGGAGACUCAGCGAGCAGGCUGGUUACCACGGCCACUGUAGCUACAGCAGCUGCCGCUGAGAGCAAGGCGGACUGACUCUGCCAUCCUCCUGCUUUAUCACCCGCAGGACCUGCCUGCUUCUUUCAAUGCUGUUUACCUCUGUGAACUGAAAAAACCUGUUUGUAACAGUGGUAGACAUGUUUUUCUAUAUUUGCCAUGUGAUUUCAUUCCACUGGACUUACACCUAACGUGUUAAAGGAACAGUUCAGUGAAAAAGUUAAUGCACAUUUUUUCCCUUAACUCAAAUGUAAUUGUGCAGCUGAGACAUUUGGUGUCUGAAGUUUGCCUCUUUAAUUUUGUGCUGGAGCUACAAACAAAAAUCUCAAAUGGACUAAUACAAAAAACAAUGUCAUACAGUAUCAGAAACCACAUAAGUACGUCUGUUUGAGAUUGGGUAACAGUGCAGUUCAGUUUCAGUCAGGCAUUUGGUGAUUUAAGCAUAUAGUUUGAUGCUAGUGAUAUUAAUCGCAAAUAAGCAUCCAUUACUUGUUAGCUGCAUUGAAGGCAAAAUCCUCAGACUGUUCAAGAUGUCUGCAUAAGAAACUUACACUUCACAAUGGUGAUGAUAGGAACCAGGCAUAGUUUCCAAGUGUUUAAUGCCUCUAAAAGCUACCUCACAGAGAGCUUUACAGGAAAUAGUUAGGAAUAUGUUGCCUAAUGCCUGAUACAUGGUUUUGUGAUAGUUUUGAGGUAAGAUUUACACUUAAAACUUAUUUUUUUAAAGAGUAGACAUCAUCACCCCUGGUUUUAUCAUCUUUAUUGUAAAGAAAUCCGAGUUGGCACAUCUCUCAUUAAACCACUCUGAAUGAUUGAGUUGUGCAGACAUUUUGAAAAAUCUUUAGGAUUCCUCUAAAUUCCUCUUGUAGCUCCAACACAAACGUAAAGAAGCAAACUUUGAUCAUCAAAAAAACCUUGGCUGAUUGACCAUAUUUAGGAUGAGGGGAAAGACAUGUAAAUUUGACUUUUUACAGAAUUAUUCCUGUACUUAAUGGAAUGAAAAGAUUUAUGCUUUAGUUCUUGUUGCGCAAAAUAUAGUGCAUUGGUAUUAAUGGCCAGUGGACUGGCUAUGGUACACAGCACUGCUGUGUGGUUCUGCCUUGCCUUAGGAAGGACAGCCAUAGGGCAGCUUGUAGUUGUCCAUAUGGUAAUGUGUCUUUGUCUUUUGGUUCUAUGACUUCUGUUUGACUUGGUUAUUUCUUUCUCGUAUACUCUUGCUGUUGUGCACAGAGGUUAGUCAUGUUUGUUGUCAUUUCUGUUCCAUAUCUCCACGUAUCAACACACUUUUAUUAACUGUGCUACACUGCAGUGCAUGCAGAUUUGAUCACUGUAAUUUCAUUCUCAACUUUUGGCCUUUUGCUCAUAAAUAAUAACCAGUUGCUUAAUCCAAAUAGGGAAAUAGGUAGAACCGUCAGGGGUGUUUUUUUUAUGAGGUUUGGUACGUAAUUAGAGAACGCGUGAGUCUUUGUGUUCGUUCAUAGAUGUGACCGGUCAGGGCCUGACCGAUAUACCAAUUAGCAGAUAUCGUGGUCCCACAGAUUUGUCUGUAGCACCAUGAUAAAGCACUGAUAUUUAUCGGAUAAUUUUGUAUUUCAGUGACAUCUGAUGUGAGGAAGAACAUUCAUGUCUAAGGAUUUAAUGGCAAUAUGCUCAGAAAAGCAUAUUAUUACAUAUUGGGUUGUUAUUUAUCAUGAUACUGAUAAAUAUUGUCAUAUUGCCUAGUUCUACUUUAUACUGGUGUACCAGUCUUUAUAGAGACCACUAAGCUGAUUGUCAGCCUCAUGCUGUUCACAUUUGCUACAGUGAUAUGCGUACUGGUACAUUUGAACACUUUGGCAUGAGAAUAAAAUGUUAUGCCUUCAAUAAAGACAAGAGAUGAAAAAUAAGCGCUAAUUAACAGAAAACAGCAAAAUCAUUAAGAAUGCUAGGAAGCUCUGCCCCCUGUGCUGCAAUAUUUAGCCCAUUUCUGACUGUAGCUUUCUGUUGUUUGAGUUUAAGAUGUGAUAAUAAAUAACUGAUGAUUAUAUCUGACAAUUUACAGUUGACAACUAUUUUAUAUUAUAUAUUUAUGCAGUUAUAUUAGUUAGUAAAACAAAAAGUUUAACUAAAACGUGUGAAAUUUAGUUUAAUUUUUACCCAGAUUGACUUAUAUUUGACAUUAUUAGCCUAUAUUAACUUAUACUGGAAAUUUUAUUAAUUAAAAUCAGUGUCAACAUUUUUCAUACCAGUCGGGCCCUACAGGAGUCGGGUCAUUGUCAGAAAGUUGCCCAUAAUCGGUCAGAAGCUCAGCCCUGAUUGAUCCAAGAACUGUUCAUGAUCUUAAAUCCCAUACAUAAUCUGCCCUAGAGCAAAGCAGGCAUGCAGCACAAGUUACUGUGUUGAUGCUGCCUGGUUAAAAGUGAUGGCAUGAAGGCACCUGCCCAAGUCAGCUCCUUCUUUUAAAAGAAAAAAGCAUUGUAUGUAAUUCAUGAGAAAAGUAGUUUCUAAACCUAAUCUCAUGACUUUAAAUUGGUUGUCAUGUCCUAAUAGUGUUCCUUUCUCAACUACUUGAUGGCUCUGUUGUGUGACAUAUAGUCCUAUAUGAUGUUAUGCAGACAUGACAUCAAAUAGGAUUUUAAGAGUAUACUGCUUGUACUAGCCUUGCGAUAUGUAGAAUGUUCCAUAAUGUCGUAGGACAGGCUAAUAAGAUAGAUUUGAAGCUUAGAUGGUGAUAGCAUGUGAAAACCUCUCUAAAAACAGUUCACAAAGGCAGCUGUCCUGGGGCAGGCACAUAUUAAACCUAGUAAUAUGGAGAAUAUCCUUACACAGUGUAAUUUAAUCUGUGGAAAAUCAGCUGUUGGUACUGUGGAGAGCUCUUGUUUCUGAAUGCACAAAAGUUGCUUGCGUUAAGCUAAAAGACCACUAAAGCCCAGUCUGGUGAUUGUGGCUCUUUUCAGGGCCUGUGUUUUAGGUUUAGUAAAUGUACUUGCACUGUAUGUCUAUAACAAACUCUUGUAUUGGAACAGUGCAGAGAAGGAGAGGUUGUGCUUUACUGUGUGUUAUAUAAUGACAAUACUGACCGUUAACAUAUCAUGUUGUUGAUAAUAAGGUUUAUUUUAUUGAAGUUUUACAUUAU